CUGGGGGCCCUACCCGGUGGCCCCUUCACGACCCAUGGGGCCAGAACGGCAGUGCCCACCUCGCCGUCCAUCACGCCGUGCAGGCCCUGACCUGGAAUCCCACUCCUAGGACCUCGUCGUCGUAGGGAACCACGGGGCCAGGCGUCGCCAGGGCUGCCGGGGUGGGGCCAGGCUGCCGACCUACUGGAACCCGCACAGCCCCAACGUGGACAUGGAACCGCAGGCAUCAUGUGAGCUGACGGAAGGAUGUGAGCGUGUGGCUCCGUCUGUGCCAAAUCACGGGGAACACACAGUGUCACGGAGGAAACGCUCGGUAGUUCAGGGGAGCCAGAACAAAGGAAGCAGCGGGCUGCAAGCCAUCUCGGCCAUGCCGCCUCCAGGGAAUGACGCCAAGACGGCCCAAGGGCAGGGCCACCUGGGUGCCAGCGUGCCCUUCACCCCGACACUCACCCGUGCCUCUCUUCACUGCCACACCUCUGUGUACCCUCCACCCUGGAGCACCGAGUGCUUGGGCCGACACCCCAUCUUUGGAGCCCACCUCACUCCGCACACCCACGGCCACCAGGUUCCACCAGUGAGAAGCCAUGACGGCUCCUUCCGGAGGCGGGGUCCGCACAGAGCUGUGUGGUCAGUCACUCUGGGCUCCUCCAGAGCCAGGCACCCCCAGGUCGCUGGGCCGUGCUCAGGGCCCACUUUGCUUCUCUUACAGGCAGGAGAGGAGCCGGAGUCAUCCCCAGGGGUCCCGCUCGGGCCCUGCCCAGCAGCCAGCCCGCCAGCCUGUCCUUGUCACACGAGGCAGGCAGCUGACAUCCCAGGGUCAAGGGACCGGCCGCGAGUCACGGCGCAGGUCCUGACCAGCCUGAAGGAGCAGGGUCGAGAGGUCGCCGCAAACACAAAGCAGUAUGGACGUCUCUGUGACCAGAAUGUGGCCCGGCCACUUGUCACCACAUCUCUGACGCCUACAUUCUAGGCUUAGGCUUCUUCCCACGGCACCUGGCCGAGCGACUGCCCAGAGCAGCCUGGCAGACACGUCCCCACGGCCUAGCCCUCAGCCCACUGGGCCAGCUGCCCCACAGAGACAGACCCACCAGGAACAACGCCUGCUCCUGUGACACCACAGGAACUGCCCCGGGGCUGCGUGUCUCAGAAGCCCUGAAAACAGAGCAGAGAGCAAGCUGGCGGCCCUCCUGCCGCCUCAGUGCUGGCACGCUGCUCACAGGGAGGCCCAGGGGGCUGCCGGGUCCUCACCCACAAACAGGCACCAGGACACGGUGCAGCGAGCGACCCUCCACCCAGCAUGUCCCGAGUCCAAGGGGGGCCCCUGCACGGCACAGGAUAAAGGACCAGAUGGCCUCAGGGGUCAUCUGGGAGGAGCGAGCCUGGGACGGACAUCUGGGCCACAUGACAAAUGUCUUCCGGAGGCUGAGGCGGGCAGCCUGUGUUCUCACAGCGGUUAGUGUCACCACCGCAGGGCUCCUGACCUAAAGCCUUGUGCUCCUGCCACCUGACCGGCCCCUGGGAAGAAGCACAUCCACGGUGGGCGGCACUGGGGGGCACAGCGGGCGCGGCACUGUUUAAAAGGCUCCCGACCUGCUCCAGGGUCCACAGGACCAGGCGCAUGCGACAUGGGCAGAAAUGAGAUCCCAACACUGCGGACCAGAUGUACACGGCGGCAGGGAAUGGGUUUUGACAACACGUGACAACAUCAAGGGUGAUACUCGCCAGACGUGGCGGUGACUGAUUUCAGGGGGGCAGCAGCACAACUCACCCUCCAUGAUUUAAGGAAAGGCCCAGGGGACUCCACGCCUGAGCUGGCCAGCAGCCCCCACAGGCCCGCUCCGGGGACCACUCCAUGCCUCUCCUGGCUGCAUCCCCAUGAGGACGGAGGGCUCGGGGCCAGCUUCUCUCGCACGUCGCUCUGUGGUACAGGCCCAGCUCACUCCAGUUUCCAUCGGCCCUAAACCCAGAUGUACGCGUGUGUGUGUUUUCUCUCCAUUUCUGACACCACGUCUGAGCCGCGGAGACGCUUCCCCUCGGUGACUGUCCAUUCAGGCCUUUCAGCAUGUUUUUCAUCCCCUGAAAGACCCUGUCAAAGCUCCAGUCCUGCCCCGUCUCUGUGGAGGGCGAGGGGUCGUGAGAACGCAAGAGGCGCAAUAAAAAUCA